CUGCCGCUCGGACGCUGACGCGGACGCUGGCAGCACCUGCCCGGACCCGCCGGACCCUCGCCCGCGCCCCGGCGCCUCCGCGGGCUCAAGCUGCCCGGGGCCGGGGAGGCCAAGAAAGUAUUAUGAGGGAGGUGGAGGACGCCACGCCCCGCACAGAGACGCGGCCCCGGCACUAGCGGAGCACCUCCGGGAGGAUGCUGGGCGUCUGCAGGGGGAGGCGGAGAUUCCUGGCGGCCUCACUCACCCUGCUGUGCAUCCCAGCGCUCACCUGGGUCUACCUGUUCGCUGGCAGCUUCGAAGAUGGGAAGCCCGUGUCCCUGUCCCCACUGGAGUCCCAGGCCCACAGUCCCCGGUCCCCGGCCUCCAGCCCUCGGGAGCGUGAAGGACUGGAAGCAAGGAUGCGCGAGGUGGAGGAGGAGAACCGGGCCCUGCGCCGCCAGCUCAGCCUGGCCCGGGGCCGCCCGCCUGCCCCACGCCGCGGCAACCACUCAGGCACCUACUCGGUGGAGGAGGGCACAGGUGACAGCGAGAGCCUGCGCGCGGGCAUCGUGGCAGGCAACAGCUCUGAGUGUGGACAGCAGCCGGCCGUGGAGAAGUGCGAGACUAUCCACGUUGCCAUUGUCUGCGCCGGGUACAAUGCCAGCCGAGAUGUGGUCACCUUGGUCAAGUCCGUCCUCUUCCACAGGCGAAACCCUCUGCACUUCCACCUCAUCGCCGACUCCAUCGCAGAGCAGAUCCUGGCCACGCUCUUCCACACGUGGAUGGUGCCCGCUGUGCGCGUGGACUUCUACAACGCUGAUGAGCUCAAGUCGGAAGUGUCCUGGAUCCCCAACAAGCACUACUCCGGGAUCUACGGCCUCAUGAAACUCGUCCUCACCAAGACGCUGCCUGCCAGCCUGGAGCGAGUCAUCGUCCUGGACACCGACAUCACCUUUGCCACAGAUGUGGCGGAGCUGUGGGCCGUGUUCCACAAGUUCAAAGGGCAGCAGGUCCUGGGCUUGGUGGAGAACCAGAGUGACUGGUACCUGGGAAACCUGUGGAAAAAUCACCGCCCAUGGCCGGCGCUCGGAAGGGGCUACAACACAGGGGUGAUACUGCUGCUGCUGGACAAGCUGCGCAAGAUGAAGUGGGAGCAGAUGUGGAGGCUGACGGCAGAGCGGGAGCUCAUGGGCAUGCUGGCCACGUCGCUGGCAGACCAGGACAUUUUCAACGCCGUCAUCAAGCAGAACCCCUUCCUGGUGCACCAACUGCCCUGCUUCUGGAAUGUGCAGCUCUCUGACCACACCCGCUCCGAGCAGUGCUACCGGGAUGUAUCAGACCUGAAGGUAGAGGAGUUCGGGGGCGAGUGGGUGGGGAUGGUGUCCCACACUUGGAACUGCUAUAAGAAACUGCUGUUGCUGCAGAUGCUGGAGGCCAUCUGCAAGCACUGGGAGGGCCCCAUCAGCCUGGCCCUGUACCUGUCAGACGCCGAGGCCCAACAGUUCCUGCGCUAUGCGCAGGGCUCCGAGGUUCUCAUGGGCCGUCACAACGUGGGCUACCACAUCGUGUACAAGGAGGGGCAGUUCUAUCCCGUGAACCUGCUGCGCAACGUGGCCAUGAAGCACACCAGCACGCCCUACAUGUUCCUGUCCGACAUCGACUUCCUGCCCAUGUACGGGCUCUAUGAGUACCUCAGGAAGUCUGUCGUGCAGCUGGACCUAGCCAACACCAAGAAGGCGAUGAUCGUGCCUGCGUUUGAGACGCUGCGCUACCGGCUCUCCUUCCCCAAGUCCAAGGCAGAGUUGCUGUCUAUGCUGGACAUGGGGACCCUCUUCACGUUCAGGUACCACGUCUGGACAAAAGGCCACGCACCCACGAACUUCGCCAAGUGGCGGACUGCCACCACGCCUUACCGGGUGGAGUGGGAAGCCGACUUCGAGCCUUAUGUUGUAGUGAGGCGGGACUGCCCCGACUAUGACCGCAGGUUCGUGGGCUUCGGCUGGAACAAGGUGGCUCAUAUCAUGGAGCUGGACGCACAGGAGUACGAGUUCACUGUGCUGCCCAACGCCUACAUGAUCCACAUGCCCCACGCGCCCAGCUUCGACAUCACCAAGUUCCGCUCCAACAAGCAGUACCGCGUGUGUCUCAAGACGCUCAAGGAGGAGUUCCAGCAGGACAUGUCGCGCCGCUAUGGCUUCGCUGCCCUCAAGUAUCUCACGGCCGAGAACAACAGCUAGCGCUGGAGAAAGCCACCGCCAGGGACAGACAAACCGCAGGGGCCGGCCGCUCCUGCUCACCGCCCACCGGCCCGCCUCCAGAUCAAAGUCCAGCAGUGCUGCUUCAGUUCCUUUUUCUUAGUCUCUCUGGCCCCACCAAGCUGCUGUCACCACAGAGAGCUUGGACCAGAGCCAGCCUCGCUCUGCAGCUCAGAGUGUGGGAAGAUGGCAGAGUGGCCCAAGUCACUCACCUCGAGAAAGGGUCACGGAACAGGAGCACAGGCCAGGAGAGGGGUCUCCUCUCACCACAGAGUCACAGACCCAGGCCAGGUGUGGGGGCCAUUGCAGAUCCACCCUGGCUUCAGGGAGGAGGUAGCGGUGCUGGGCUCGGGCGCCAGGAGGCCAGAGCAAGGCACGGCUUCCCCGGGCAUGUUCCUCCGUGCCGCACUGUGCAGCCGGCCGGGCCAGGGCCGAGGGUUUGACAGCCAUGGAGGAAAGCCCAAGGGGACAUGGCACCCACCUGGGGGACCUGGAGGAGGGCUGGCUGGUAUCUUCAAAGUCCCUCUUGUUUUGUUUUGAUUUAUUUUACUUUGGGGGGUUUUGUUUUAUUUUUGGUUUGAGAAUCCAAAAUGGAAAAUGGGGUCCUUUAAGGCACUAGAGGAAACCCACUGCCUCCACGAGUCCCUGCAGAUUUUGGGAAUGGGACUGCUUCCUCCAGGGUCGGUUCCAGGGCCCAAAACGUGGAACUGAUUGUGCUGAUGGGAGCCGGCAGUGAGGCCCUGGGGACAGUGGCCAGUCCUUGAGGGGAGGGCUUGGCAGGGGGCUGCGAGCACACGGAGGGUGUGACCCUGGGGGACUUGCACCAUCCCAGGAGCCCGGCUCUGGAGACUUGCAGGCUGCAUGGGCCGCAGGAGGCAGGGGCAGUUUUCCCGAGACCCAGCCCGGCGGCUGCACCGCACGCCCCAGACGGAGGACGCUGGGCUUCACCCGUUCCUUACUCUUCACUGUUCAUGUUGUGUCUACACUGAUGAGAAGAGCUGGUGCCCUCCUCGGCAGGGCUGUGUGUAUCGAAUUGCCAUGUGACCAGCGAAAGCUGCACUCAAUAAAUGGAAGUUCAGACUGUU